CUACUGACACUGCCGUGGACCAACACUUUCCCUCCCCAAGCAUCUACUGUAUGUGCGAGCUUCGAGAGCAUCAAUCCAUGGCGGACUGAUGCCGUCGAUCUCGCUGGUGCGUAUACUGUCCGUCAGCCUCGCUGGAGCCAUAUAACUGAGAGUCGACAGAAAACGUCCGUUAACUUCUGAGUCAGCCUGCCGUGCUCCUAGUAUAUGUAGAGCUCGAAGGCUUCCGUGAAAAAGCUGUCGAAUCCAGGCGUGCGAGAUCUCGUUGCUGAUUUCCCCAGAAAGAAAAGAGAAGAAGCUCCUCAAGUCCGAAGCUAAUGCGCUUAGAUUCUGAAUCCCGCCAUCUUCCUCAGAGGGUUCAUAGUCGUUUUAUUCGUUUUUUUUUUUUGCAUACGUCCGAAUAUUUCGCAGUGUAAUUCCGGAGAUUCAGCGAACCCCCCCAACGCAGUCGUCGUCGUGACCGCUUACACCUGUAAGCCACUACUCAGCCUUCAACAUUCAUUCAAAGGCAACUUUCCCCGAUCACUGAAACGCGGCAGCAAUCUCGUUCCGAGCGCGGCCUCCUGUGUCUCUCGCCUUUCUAUCCUCUGCUCUCGCCCACGCGCGCGUCUCCCAAUCAUCGCUCUCGGUUCUCGCUCUUCGGGCCGAGGCUCCUGCGCCAAGCCGAGCAUCGUUCAUCGACAAGUUGAGGAAACCGCCGCCGCAGCCGCAGAAGCGAGAUUGCUGGGAGUCGUAGUCGUUGAUCCUCGGCGGGGGUGGCCGCCGAGCUUCCGUGCGAUGCGGAGCUCGCCGUGACGCCUCUGCUUGCUCGGCUGUAUCUGGAGUGCUUUGACGAGGCGGCACGAGGAGACGGGAGGAGACGGGAGGAGGAGGGAGGAGAGAGGAGAUCCGGGAGUUGGAGCAAGGGUCCAGCAGAGGCAGUCGCGCGGCGGUCGCGGGUGUGCCAAGGCGAAGCAGCAUUGUUUUGUCACGCUCGAGCGGUCGGGGGUUUAGCGUGAUUCCGCCUCGUCGCCAUGGCGUGGGCGGUCGAUUCCACUGUGAAGCUCGUGCUGGGCAUUAUAGGCAAUAUAACGGCCCUCGCUCUCUUCCUCUCCCCCGUCAACACCAUGCGUAAGAUCUUUCGCGCACGGGCAGUCGGAGACUUUUCGGAGCUGCCCUACGUGAUGACGCUGUUCAACUGCCUGCUGUGGACGACGUACGGGCUGCCCGUGGUGGAGGCGGGGCGCGUGCUGGUGUCGACCAUCAACGGCACGGGCGCCUUCCUCGCGGCGCUCUACAUCAUCCCCUUCCUCGCGCUCAGCACCCGCGCCGCUAAGGUGCGCACGGCCAUGCGCACGGGCGUGGUGCUGCUCCUCUUCGCCACCAUUGUCCUCGUCACCUUCCUCGCGUUCCACACGCCCUCGGCGCGCAGCAGCUUCCUGGGCAUCUGCAGCGUGGUGGUGACGGUGGGCAUGUACGCCAGCCCGCUCGAGGUGAUGCUCACGGUUGUGCGCACCAGGAGCGUUGAGUUCAUGCCGCUGCUGCUCUCGCUCAGCUGCUUUGUCAAUGGGCUCGCGUGGUCAGCCUAUGGAGCAUACACCAUGGACAUCUAUAUCCUUAUACCGAACGGCAUUGGCACACUGCUUGGCUUCACACAGCUUGUACUGUACGGCAUCUACAGCAGAUCUGACAAGUCAGGAGCAGCUGUGGGUGCAGAUGGCAGCAGAGAACAGCAGAAGAGGAGGGGUGGCGCUGGGGUGUGGAGACGGGGGGGAUCAGAUAGCACAAGGCACAUGUUGGGAUCUAGCAAUUCCCUUAGUCUCUCGAAAGAUGCUAUCACCCCAGAAGAGAUGGUGGUGGAAGAGGAGGGAGACGAGGAGAAGGGUGGAGUGAUAAGGGGGAUGACUGGAGAUAUGGUUGGUAAGGAAAAUGGCGAGAAGAUGAAUGGAGUGGCUGAAGAAGUGACCAAUGGUGGAGAGAAAGAACGCAUAGAAGUGAGGUGCUGACCAGUAUCAUGAUCGUGGAGCAAUGUUUGCUUGUUUUGUUGGAAUCAAGUAUUGGGUAAGCCCCACACUUAUUCCACUCCCGUCACCUAAAGCCUUCAUCUAGGUAUUUACGCUGGAGUGUACUCCCAAAUGAUGCAGUGCGGUUUAGUUUCUC